GAAUGCCACACCCACCCAUGGCGCUCCUCCUCUCCCCGACCGUUUCCUUCCUGGUCUCCCCGUCUGCUCCACGCCCUCGAGCUCUCUCCGCUGCCGCCAAUGUAUCCUACCCCGCCUCAAGGCUGCAAUGCAAGAACCUGUCCUCCCAACAGAGCCCUCUGAAUGUGACUGCUACUUGUGCUUCUUUCGCUGAGAAGAGGCUGGUUCUUGUCCAUGCCACGGCAGAGGGUUCUGAGGCUGGUGCGGAGCAGCCAGAAGAGCCGAAACCAGCGACCAAGAUCGAGGAAAUGCCACUCGAGUCGAAGCAGAAGAUGAUCAUGGAGCAAAGAGCGCGGAUGAAGCUUGCCAAGAAACUGAGGCAGCGGCGCAAGCGGCUUCUCCGCAAGAGGAAGCUUAGGAAGAAGGGCAGGUGGCCACCGUCCAAGAUGAAGAAGCUCAAGAAUGUAUGAACAACGUCAACGUUGACUGCCACUCUGCCUUGGUUUUAUGUGUUGUGAUUGUGAUUGCCCAGCUUACGAAUUUUGCUGUUCAGAAUCUGAGACACGGUACCUACAAAAUGUAACUCUGUUUUCACGU